UCUGACUCCCGUUGUCACCGGCUAAGUAUUGAUGGUUAUCAGAGAAUUCAACGGACGUACACUUUGGAGGUUUUAUAUAUCCACUGCCUAGGUGCCCUAUGCGAAUGGGGCAGGGCUAACCUUGGCUAAGGAAAUUGCAAGCAUUUUAUAUUUUCUUAGCAUUGUCCUUUUUCACUAAGUCGCAGGCAUGUCUGAGCCAUCUCACAAUGGCUCUAGCAGAAGUCUUCCCAACAAGACCCCCUGUUUGAGUUUCUGGCAGCGCAAUACCCGCGCCUUUCCUCUGUUACACGCAAACCGCAAUACACCUGUUCCAACAAGGUCGAAAUAUGUCGUCAUUGGCUCCGGCAUAUCAGGCGGACUUACAGCAUUCGAGCUUAUUGAAGCUGGCGCCAAAGGAGAGGAUAUCAUUAUUCUCGAAGCACGGGAGGCAGCGAGUGGUGCAAGUUCUCGAAACGCUGGGCACGUGCGACCAGAUGCAUUCCGGGGAUUUAGCGCCUAUGCAAAGGUCCACGGAGAAGAGCAAGCCCUGGAAAUAAUAGCCAACGAGCGCGUCGUUCUUCAAAAGGUAGACCAGUUCGCCAAGAAGCACGGAGUCCAGUGCGACUUUAACCUAACUACAACGUUCGAUGUAUGCAUGACUCCUGAGUUCGCAUCGUACGAAGCUGAAAGCCUAGAAGCAUACAAAAAGGCAGGAGGCGAUGUCUCACACAUUAAGGUCUACGAAGGGCAAGAGGCACAGAAGAAGACAAAUGUGAAGGGAGCCAUCACAGCAUAUGAAUGGCCGGCUGGAUCAAGUCACCCGGCGAAGCUGGCACAUUUUCUUCUCCAAUCCGUCGUAUUACGCGGCGGAAGACUGUUCACGUUUUGUCCUGCUACAGAAAUAAACUGCAACGAGUCUGAAUCGGAAUUUUGGGAUGUGCAUACACCACGAGGAGUCGUGACGGCAGCCAAGGUAGUCCAUUGUACAAAUGCUCAUGCUGCGCUAUUGUUACCGCAUUUGGAGCCUUACAUCCAGCCGAACCGCGCGCAGGCUCACAGUUUGAUUCCUACACCUUCAUUUUCAGGGGUGAAUAUCCUUCAGAAAACCUUCUCAUUGCGCUACAGUCUCCACCACUUCUACUCCUUGAUUCAACGGCAGAGCGAUGGAACAUUAGUGCUCGGAGUGUCACGAUCUAACCCGACCCUUAGUGAUGCAACACGGACCGGAAUUUACAGCACAGAUGAUACAAGCUACAACGAUGAAAUAGUCCAGGAUGCUUUGCGAAGCUUUAACAAGAUCUUUCCUGAAUUUGAUAGCGAGCAUGCCAUGCAUGGCGAGGGUCUGGAUCACGCUUGGACUGGGAUCAUUGCCAUGACGACUGAUUCUGUGCCAUUCGUGGGAGCAAUUGAAUCGUUACCGGGCCAGUAUAUAUGUGCUGGAUUUAAUGGACAUGGAAUGGCACGUAUAUUUACGUGUGCGCCAGGCGUUGCGAAGUUAAUACUUGGUAGCAGUUGGAGCAGUACUGGCCUGCCUGAAUGUUUCAAAUUCAGUGAGGAGAGACUUUCCAGGUUCUCAGCGAAGGCUGUACCAUCUGUGUGGUGAGGUUAUGAACCAUUGCGUAUCUUUCUACCCUUAAAAGGGAAUAUGCCAUGUUCUGAAGGCAAACUCCAUCAUAUACCAGAACUCUCAACAGCACGUCAUGC